AUGAAGACCCGCCAACGCAAUUUUUCUUCUGUUUCUUUUCUUUUUCAAAAUCCCUGUGAAAUACACCCGACCUCUCUCUCCCCACUUCCCUCUCCUUCUCUCUCUCUCACAAACACGCACUCCCUCUCUCUUUUUUUUACACUGUCUUCCUUAGAAUUUGUACCACAAGUUCUCUCUCUCUCUCUCUCUCUCUCUUUCAUUACCUUCCUCUCUUUCAGAAUAUUUUCUCUCACAGUUUCUCUUUCAUUGUUUCUUCUACCCACUUCUUUCUCGAAUCUUUUCGCUAUUACCACUUCUGAAAAUUACUCAUCUCAUGCAGCUGCUGCUUCAACCAACUUUGAAUUAUUGAAAAAGCAUAUGUCUCGGUCUUUUCAUAUCGACAUCUAUCUAUCUAUCUAUCUAUCUAUCUAUCUAUCUAUCUAUCUAAUUCUGUUCCUUCCUUCUUUCUUUCCUUCCCUCUUUCUUUCCUUUCUUCCUUCUUUCCUGUCUAUCUAUCUAUCUAUCUAUCUAUCUAUCUAUCUAUCUAUCUAUCUAUCUCAGUCUAUCCCUUUAUUGCUUCAUUCCUUCCUCUCUAUCUAUCUCUUUUCCGCCUCUUCUCUAGAAACUGGAGACGGCCAAAAUAGUUCCCAGUUGCGCUGCGCAUCACCUAAAAUUUGUCGUGCUUUUUUUCAUUUACUUUCUUGCUUAGAUGUUUUGUUUAAUUUCUUUAACGCUUUUCUUUUCCUUCUUCUCUUUUCAUUCAUUAUAUUGCCUUCUUUCAUUUCUUCUUCACGUCUUUCUUCUUCGUUGAGUUUCUCCUUAUUUUUUUUUCUUCCUUAUAUUACCAAAUUUGGAUUUCACCUUCCUUCCAUCUCUCUACUUCUUUCUUUCUCCUCUCUCGCAUUUUCAACGACUUUUUCUUUUUUUCCUUUGAAGCUUUUUAUUCCUUCUUUAUUCUCUUUCGUUUUUUUUUUCUUGGUGUUUAUCAAUUUAUGUUUUUCGUUCUCCCCUUUCUUUCUCUGUCACCUUUUCUUUUCCUUCUAUUCGUUCUCCUUUCUUUUCUUUACUUUUUUCUUUAGGUUUUCUUUCAUUUUUUAUUCUUUCUUUUCUUUCUUCCUUCUCCUUUUUAUCUCUUUCCUUUUUUUACCCUUAGUCAUUUUACUCAUUUCCUCAAUUUCUUUGGACUUCCCUGCUUUCUUUUUUCUUUUUUCACUUUUCUAUUUUGUUCUUUUUAUUCAUUUAUUCUUGUUUAUUCAAUUUCUUUCCGUCUCUUUUCAACUACAUACCUCCCCUCUUCGCUGUUUUUUAUUUUGUUUUGUUUUUAUACUUUUAUUUAAUUCUUGUUAUUUUACUUUUUUUUUCUUUUCUUCUUUAUAUCCUUGUUACGUCUCUCGUUUUUUUCCUUUUCUUUUUAUUCUUGCUCCUUUUCAAUCCACCCGUCUAUCCUUCUCCUUCCUUUUUACCUAUUUUCUUUUGUUUUCUUUUUUCAUCCUUCUUUUACUCUUACUCCUUUUCCAUUCUCCUUUCUCUUUCCAUGUUUCUGUUUCAGUUUUUCUUCUUUCUUCUUCUUUUCUCUUCUUAUUGCAUGUUUACAUUUUUCUUACACCUUUUUAUUUCUUUCGCUUUUCACUUGACCAUUCAUUUCACUUUCUUCUUUUUUUCAUUCACAUUUUAAUCUUUCAUUUUAUCAUUUGUCAAAUUUGCUUCUUAUUUUAUUUGAUUAAUUUUUUAUUCACCAUUUUCUUCAUUUUUAAUUUUCUCUCUUUUUUUCUUAUUGUCUUUAUUCUUGUUCUCUUCCUUUAUUCGUAUAUUCUUUCUAUUCUUAUAUUCUUUUUGUCUCUAUCUUUUGUUUUCCUUUAUUCUUUUUACUCUUAUUGUCUCUAUUCUUGUUCUUUUCCUUUAUUCUUAUAUUCUUGUAUACUUUUUUGUACGCUUCUCGCUUUCAUUUUUCCUUUUUUUCUUUUUCUCAUUCUUUCUUUCUUUACAGAUUUCCUUGUUUAUAUGCUUCAUUCCUUCUUUUUUUAUCUUUGUCUCUUUUUCUUUCAGUUAUUCUAUUCUUUUUCUUUUCGCUCAUAA